ACAUCGGCACCCAGAAAAAGAGAAGAUGCAUUUCGCGCCGUCGGGGCUCCUGCUUGCCCAGCUCCACGCGUGCAUCUACUGGAGCUGCCUGUGGCCCGCCGGCUGCCAGCAUCAGCCGCCACCGCGCCACGACCGCCCGCCGCCUCCCGCCGCCUGGAGGCAGCGGAUCCAGUGGGAGAACAAUGGGCAGGUGUACAGCCUGCUCAGCCUCGGCUCCCAGUACCAGCCCCCGCGGCGCAGGCAAGCGGCGGAGGCAGUGGGCAGCCCCAUCCUGCUGUUGCGGAACAACGGCACCGUGUCGCGGAGAGCCGCCACCCGCGCCACCGCUACCACCGCCGCCGCGCAGCCACAGCCCGCCGCCAGCAGCCGCGGGAGUUCCGGCGCACGGCACUGGUUCCAGGCAGGUUACCAGGCUCCCUCCGGUGGUCGCGGCGCUGCCACCGCUGGGCAGCGUAGCCAGGGGACCGCCACCUCUGCUGGGGCAGCCAGGAGCAGCGCCUCGGGAGCGUCGCGACCCAGCCCUCCCACCAGCCCCGACAGCGGCACCGGCACGGACGGUAACCGGAGCAGCACCGGGGCCGGCGACCUGCCGCCCCUCAGCAACUUCAGACCUGGGCGGGAAGAUGUCAUGGUAGGAGAUGACCCCUACAACCCCUACAAGUACACGGACGAUAACCCCUAUUAUAACUACUACGACACGUAUGAGAGGCCCCGCCAGGGCAGCAGGUACAGACCCGGCUACGGCACCGGCUACUUCCAGUAUGGUCUCCCUGACUUAGUGCCGGAUCCCUAUUACAUCCAGGCGUCCACGUAUGUUCAAAGGAUGUCCAUGUAUAACUUGAGAUGUGCUGCCGAGGAGAACUGCCUGGCAAGUUCAGCUUACCGAGCAGAUGUUAGAGACUAUGACAAUCGGGUACUCCUGAGAUUCCCACAAAGAGUGAAAAAUCAAGGCACAUCAGAUUUCCUGCCCAGCAGACCCCGUUAUUCGUGGGAGUGGCACAGUUGUCACCAACAUUAUCACAGCAUGGAUGAAUUCAGCCACUAUGACUUGCUGGAUGCAAGCUCACACAGAAAAGUUGCUGAAGGACACAAAGCAAGUUUCUGUCUUGAAGAUACCUCCUGCGAUUAUGGAUAUUACAGACGGUACGCAUGUACAGCGCAUACGCAGGGACUGAGCCCUGGCUGCUAUGACACUUACAAUGCUGAUAUAGAUUGCCAGUGGAUUGAUAUUACAGAUGUAAAACCUGGAAAUUACAUUCUAAAGGUGAGUGUAAACCCCAGCUAUUUGGUGCCUGAAUCUGAUUACUCCAACAAUAUAGUACGCUGCGAUAUACGCUAUACAGGCCACCAUGCAUAUGCCUCUGGCUGUACAAUUUCACCAUACUGAGAAAGAUGCAAGAAAAUGGAUGAGACAUUGCCAAGUGUUUUGAACUGAAGUAUCAUUAUAUAAACUUCAAUAGGAUGUAAACACUAUAGAAACAAAACUACAGACCAUACACCCAUACGCCCACACACCUUAUGUGAUUUUGAAGCACUUCAGCAGCUUCUCAACCAUAUCUGUAACUGGAUUUUGAAUAUUUAAAUUGGCAUUGCUUCUAUUACUAUUGAAAUGUGUGGAACUGGUUAUUCAUGCACAGAUGCUCUAGAUUUUGAAAAUCUAACUCAUUCAUAAAAAUAGGAGCAUUUUUUAACUCCUGAAAAUUUGGAGUUUGGGUGAUAAUAGACUUCAGUGGGAAUAUUACUGGUGAAUGAGUUGAACAUAGUUUAAAAGGUAGCAAAAAUGCAUGUUAAAUGAAUUCAAUAAAAUGCAAUAGAAAGUACUAGUGUCAGCUAUCUCAGAAAACACCAGAAUGAAAAACAGCUUAAGGGUAAUGCUACAGUACCAUUAAAAUAAAACUUGCUAGGACAUGCUGAUAUGAAUGAGAAAAGUAUGUUCAGUUUUCAAGGAAUAUAUAAACAUUGCAGAGAAAUACACAUCUAUAU